AUGAUAGCUUAUAAGAGGGCAACUGGGGAUAAUAAUAACGAUGGGUUUACUGAUGAUGAUCCGUAUGGGAGAGGGUCGUGGGUGUGGGGUCGGUGGAUCCUGUUUGUGAUAUUUGUUGUUGGUAUUCUUCUGAUGACGUUGCUUACGUUCCGAAUCAACAGACGAAGGACUGCCACCGGUAGGGCUCCGAUUUACGGCACUGCGUGGAUGACGCCUCCGUCGUACAGACAGUCCGAAAGAGACUACAACCAUACCCAGAACUAUGUAGAGGAGUACGUUCCUACAUACACAGAGACCACAAAUGCCAACGAUCUGGGCUACUACGAUGCCAACGGUGUCUUCCACAAGAACGCAAAGGCUGAAAUGCUUCAACCACCGGCUCUGGAUGGCGAGGUCGCUAGGCCAGAUGGCCCUCCACCUGGUUUCGACGGGCUCACACAACCAGAGUCUGCAUACUUGAGACCAGAAGACGUACCGCAGGAGGACAUCGAUCUAGAGUUUAGAAGGCCUGCUCAAACCAACUUCCAAAGAACUACGGCUGGUCCAAGUUCAUCCUUAGAGACAAAUGACGAUGAAGACUCAAGUGUAUCUGUACAGAUGCAACAAGUUAGAACAUCUUCAAAGAAAUAG